CACGGGGCAGGGGGCGGAGCGACGGGACGCGAUCCCGGAUGUGAAUGCUGCUGGCAGGAUGGGUCACCAGUAAUGGUGACGUUUCGGUGAUUGUCGAGGAGGGAGCGUGUUGUGUUGUUUAGGGAGCCGCGAGAGCUGUGGUGGCCGAGCGUGUUUCUUACCGUGACUAGGUUCCGACAGGCGGCUGCUGGCCUCUGAUUCCAUGGAGUGAAGUCGGCCAGUUUUAGCCAAGUGGCCCGUUUCAGCUCCUCACCCUAAACCGUCUCACCGGCGGCGCCCUCCGUUCCGGCUUGGUUUUCUUUGGCUGUGGUUUAGACGUCGGAAAACAGCGAAAAUGGUUUUGGCAGAUUUGGGAAGAAAAAUUACCUCCGCGCUGCGGUCUUUGAGUAACGCGACCAUAAUUAAUGAGGAGGUUUUGAAUGCUAUGUUAAAGGAAGUAUGCACAGCUUUACUUGAAGCAGAUGUCAAUAUAAAACUUGUGAAACAGCUAAGAGAAAAUGUCAAAGCAGCUAUAGACUUAGAAGAAAUGGCUUCUGGCCUCAACAAAAGACGAAUGAUUCAACAUGCUGUCUUUAAGGAACUUGUUAAGCUCGUAGAUCCAGGAGUUAAAGCAUGGACACCCACAAAAGGAAAACAAAACGUCAUCAUGUUUGUUGGCCUGCAAGGUAGUGGUAAAACUACAACAUGUACAAAGUUAGCAUACUACUAUCAAAGGAAAGGCUGGAAGACCUGCUUGAUAUGUGCAGAUACGUUUAGAGCAGGUGCAUUUGACCAACUGAAACAGAAUGCAACCAAAGCAAGAAUUCCAUUCUAUGGAAGCUAUACAGAAAUGGACCCUGUGAUCAUUGCCUCAGAAGGUGUGGAAAAAUUUAAAAAAGAAAACUUCGAGAUAAUAAUUGUUGAUACCAGUGGCCGGCACAAACAGGAAGAUUCAUUAUUUGAAGAAAUGUUGCAAGUUUCAAAUUCCAUACAACCUGACAACAUUGUUUAUGUAAUGGAUGCAUCUAUUGGUCAAGCCUGUGAAGCACAAGCAAAAGCUUUUAAGGACAAAGUGGAUGUUGCAUCGGUAAUUGUUACUAAGCUCGAUGGUCAUGCUAAAGGAGGAGGCGCUCUCAGUGCAGUGGCAGCCACCAAAAGUCCAAUAAUUUUUAUUGGUACUGGAGAACACAUUGAUGAUUUUGAACCAUUCAAAACACAGCCCUUCAUUAGCAAGUUACUUGGUAUGGGUGAUAUUGAAGGUUUAAUAGACAAGGUAAAUGAAUUGAAAUUGGAUGACAAUGAAGAACUAAUAGACAAACUUAAACACGGUCAGUUUACCCUGCGUGAUAUGUAUGAGCAGUUUCAAAACAUUAUGAAGAUGGGUCCAUUCAGCCAGAUAAUGGGUAUGAUCCCUGGAUUUGGAACUGAUUUCAUGAGUAAAGGCAAUGAACAAGAAUCAAUGGCAAGGCUCAAGAAACUGAUGACCAUAAUGGAUAGUAUGAAUGACCAAGAACUCGACAAUAAAGAUGGUGCUAAACUGUUCAGUAAACAGCCAGGAAGGAUCCAAAGAGUGGCACGAGGAGCUGGUGUUACAACCAGAGACGUACAGGAGCUUCUGACACAGUAUACAAAGUUUGCUCAAAUGGUGAAAAAGAUGGGAGGAAUCAAAGGUCUUUUCAAAGGAGGGGAUAUGUCCAAAAAUGUCAACCCAUCUCAGAUGGCUAAACUGAACCAGCAGAUGGCUAAGAUGAUGGAUCCGAGAGUGCUUCAUCAUAUGGGUGGAAUGGCUGGUCUACAGACUAUGAUGAGACAGUUUCAACAAGGUGCUGCUGGGAAUAUGAAAGGCAUGAUGGGAUUUAACAAUCUUUGAAACAAGUGCCAUAAAUAAACUAUUGGCAAAUUUGGAAGAAAAAUAUAAACCUUUUUUCCCUUUGGAAGGGGGAGGGAGGAAGUGGUAGAGUUUUUAAAACAUUAAAAUUAUUGAAUAAUAUUGUUAUAUGAUUUCAUUGUAUUCUAUUUGGGUAUGUUGAACAGGAAAAAAUAAAAUCAUUUAAUGUAACUGCUCAAAUAAUUCAUUGCUCAAAUAAUAUUGGGUGAAAUAAAAUAUUCCUUUAGCCAAUAUUUUCAAGUAUGUUUCUCACUUUAUGCUGUAAAAUACAAAUAAAACAAUCAUGUAAAAUUAGAAUUACAUUAAUUUACUUGUUUGCACAGAUAAGCAAACAAUGUAUAAUUUGUAAAUGCAGUGCUUUGUUCAAAAUGAAAUGAAGAUUUUCAUAAAUGAAUUGCUUCUUACAAAUAUUAUGUUGUCUUUAUUUUAGUGUUAUUAUGAAAUUCUCAUGCCUAAACAUGCUUAAUAUGGAAUGUUGAUGAUUUGAAAACCAUAAUUCUGUUGACAAAUACCUGGCUAGGCUAGGCUGGGAGGUAUAGAGAAGAGGUUAAAAAAAAAAGACACAAAAGAGGUUUGGCAUUCUCAUGGAGGACAAAGUUGCAGGAAUUUUUUUCCAUUGUUAGUGAAAUAAUUUAAUUCUGCUAAUAGAUUAAGAAUUGGUUCUGCUGUGUAGGAAGAAAAUAUGGCUAACACAGUUGCAAUAAAUGGAGUGAGAAAAAUCAAUAGCAGAAGGGGAAAUGUGACCCUUUUAAUUAAAUAACAACAUUCCUUCUGGAGCACCUUUUAACAUAAAAUGUUAUAAACUACAUCAUUAAGUAAACUACAUCCUGCAAGAAUACAAAUCUCAGGGUUGUAUAUGGUGAUAUAUACGCAUGCAGUUUGAUAAUAAAUUUACUCUGAACUUUAAGUAAAAAAGAGAGGCAUAAGAAAAUCAUAAUUCUGUUGAUUUGAGGCAAAGUCGUAAAAGUAUAUUGGAGAGGCUGAGGUUUUGAAUUAGAGAAAGAAUGCCAGACUUGGGGCUUAAAUGGCUUGGCUUCCUUUACUUAAGGCAUGACCAAUGCCAAAAACACUCAAUUGGAGGAACAGAUUUGUUAAGUUAUAGGGCUUAAUGGAAUUUGAAGAGAAAGAGAGCUGAGGCUGUAAAAGUAUUUAACAUUGAGAUAGUGAUAAGAGCCCACUGAAGCUCAGCAAUGUUGGGGAUAAUGGAUGAAAAGAAUGUGGUUUGAGUUACAAUAUAGACAGCAAAGAUUUUAGAUUAAAUUCAGGUUGGGUGAACUUUUCAUUGAUCUUGUUCCUGUGUAGUGAUUUCCAUUGCUAUAUAUGAUCAGAAUUCAAGUGUGGGAUGAGUAACUAUUGGAUUCUUUUAACUCUGUUGACUCUUAGUCCACAAGGAGCCUUGGAUUUAAAAACCAUGGAAAGUCGCUUUUUUCAAAUCUAGCAUCGCUACGCUAAUCAGCACUAUUGUGUGCCUGCAUAAAUUACUUAAUUUUGUUCAAAGCACAUUGGUUAUUCUAGUAGAAAGCAACAGCUAUGUAAAUAGAUUUGAUCUUUUAUCAGUUUUUCAGUGCAAGUAGGUCAUGAAAACAAUCAGCUGAUACUGCUUUUAUUUCUUUAGUGUAUAGUAUUAGAUAUAAACUUCUCAAAAAGAGGCUUAUUCAACCUCCUGUAUUUCUUUUCCCUACCCCCUGAGGCACUGAGGUUAUUUAUGGUACCAUCUUACUAUCCUAGUUGAGCUCUAAUUACAUGUUGGGGUUCUAGAUUAUGUAAUUAUCCAUAACAAUGGCAUUUAUAAACUAAUGCCAAACAGCAAUUCUUAAGUUAUUUUUUGUGUAUAACACGACUAUGUAAUUCAAAGUCUGAUCCAACUGAACUUCUAUAAUGAUGUAAAUUAAGUAUCCUUCAUUUUUCACAAAAACAAUUGUGACAGAUAUUGUAUUAGCAUUAAAUGUACAUGACAAAA